CUGGCUUUGUAGGAGCCGGGUACAGGGACACUGACCAAACCAGUUACAGACCGGACUGGACAGAGCGUUUUAGAAAGUGGACGUGAUACCUAAGCCUGCUUCUGGACAUGCUGUCAAAGUGGAGCUUUCGCUGAGAGUUUGACUUAUGCAGAAACCAUGGUUCGACUGACAGUGGAUUUAAUUGCCAAAAACAGCAAUCUUAAACCCAGAAAAGAAGAAACCCUUGUACAAUGCCUGAAGAAAAUAACACACAUAAAUUUUUCAGACAGAAAUAUAGAUUCGAUUGAUGACCUCUCUCUUUGUAAAAACCUGAGCGUUUUAUAUUUGUAUGAUAAUCGAAUUAGUCAAGUCACUAACCUGAAUUACAACACAAAUCUGACCCACUUGUACCUACAGAACAAUUGCAUUUCCUGCAUCGAAAACCUCAGUUCACUAAAGAAAUUGGAAAAACUGUAUCUGGGAGGCAAUUACAUUGCAGUCGUCGAAGGCUUGGAAGGAUUAGAGGAGCUGAGAGAGCUUCAUGUUGAAAGUCAGAGGCUCCCCCUGGGAGAAAAGCUCCUGUUUGACCCAAGGACUCUUCGUUCUCUAGCAAAAUCCCUCUCUACUUUGAAUAUCAGCAACAAUAACAUUGAUGACAUAAAAGAUUUAGAGAUGCUGGAGAAUCUUAAUCACCUGAUUGCAGUUGACAACCAGCUGAUGCACGUGAAGGACUUGGAAGUUUUACUGAGAAAACUGAUGAAGCUGUGGAAAAUGGAUUUAAAUGGAAAUCCUGUUUGUCUUAAACCAAAAUACAGGGACAGGCUGAUACUGAUGUCCAAGUCACUGGAGUUUCUUGAUGGAAAAGAGAUAAAAAACCUGGAAAGACAAUUCCUAAUGAAUUGGAAAGCAUCCAAAGACGCCAAGAAAAUCAGCAAGAAAAGGAGGAACAGAAGUGAGGAUCAAAACAACUCCUACAUAAGUAACUUUGAAACAAUACAUCACAUAGUUCCUGUUUAUUACCCACAGGUGGGUAAGCCAAAAGUAGUCUUUUUCUCUGAUGUACAGAGAUAUCUUGGAAAGGCAUCUUCAAAGUUUUCCCAAGAAGAUAAAACUACAAUUACUGAAGAUAUAGGGAAUCUAUCCUUGAAGGAAUCUGAAAGCUUGCUAACAAAAACCGAUAUCCAUGAACCUUACCUUCUCCAAAAUCCAAAAGUAAAGGAAAAUUUGUCUGAGAAUAAGGAGUAAAUUCUGCCUCCAGUGAUUUGAUUUCUUCAUAGAACGAGGCAACAGCGUGUUUUGAGGGUUUAUAGACUUCGUUUAUCUUGGUGUGUAUGUUGUUUGUUUCUUUAUAGAAUCUGAGACUUUGCUUUAUGUGUGUGAAUUCUGGGAUCUAUUUACUCUAUUAGCUGUUAAA